AUGGCGACUGAAGCCAAUUCUAAAUCUACAGAUCUCCGUGUACCCUCGUUUUCCUGUUAUCUUAAACCCCAUCAACACAAACUUAAUGGCGACGAUUUUCAGCAGAAGAGAAAUUCUGGUAAGCCAAAACAGAGAGGUAAAGUUAAAGCGUUUAGUAAAUGGUUUUUCUGUUGUGCGACUCCUUGUUUGACCAAGAAAGCAGUGUCUGUUAAAGUUAAAGAUUAUGGAACAAAAAGAGACCACUUUGCGUUUCCAAUUCUAAAUCCUCCCAGAGUUUUUGACUACAGGGGAGACAUGAUUAUGGACAAGAAAAUUACGAUUUUGACCUUGGAUGCUAUUGAAAAGGACGACGUGAAUAAUGCUGUCUGUGAAGGUGAUGAUAUUACAAGUGACAGUAGCUCAGAUUUAUUCGAGAUAGAAUCUGUCGUGUAUAUAGAUAGGAGUACUAACAAGUCGAAGCAUUAG